AUGGACAUCCUGACAGGAACCUGCAAGUUCACAGCGGUGCUGCUGCUCCUUGGAGUCACCACUUUGAUGUCUGUCCAAUGCCUGGAUCUUCAUCGUCAUAAAGGAUGUCCACCUGCCACUAAAUUCCCACCUACGGUGAAAGUCAGCCUAAAUAUGAGUGGACAGGACUCGCCUCUCCUGAGUGGUGAUGUGAGGAAGCGCUCCACCUCUCCAUGGGAGUACAGCUAUGACAAAAACAUCCACCGACACCCUGUGGUUAUUGCCGAGGCCAAGUGUGAACUUUCCGGAUGCAUAGACGCCGAGGGCAAAGUGGACAACAACUUAAAUUCCGUCCCCAUCAGACAAGAGAUCCUGGUCCUUCACCGUGAGAUGAAGGGGUGCGUCCCCGUCUUCACGCUGGAGAGAAAGAUCGUGACCGUGGGAUGCACCUGCGUACGACCCGUCAUCCAAGAGCAGCAAUAGAGAGGAGAGGAUCCAGCUCCGGCAUAAAGAGAAGUCCCCAUACCAGGAUGUUUAUCUAUUGUGUUUAAUGGAUGGAGCAAAAUUUAGAAAAAUGAAGAAGUCAAGCAAAAGUAGCACUGGUAAAGUGCGGGUAUUAGGUAGCAAUGUACA